GGGGGGGGGGGGGGCAGCUUCCGGACAGGUGUGCUGCGUCUGUGCGAGUGGGCGACAGUGUGGGGAACGGAAGCGGCAAGCGCGGUCCCCUCCACGCUGCCAGCCGGCUGUGGGCCUGCGCUCAAGAAGGCGGAGCAGGGAGAGGGAAACGAGGAGCGUGCGUCGGACUCUGUGAAGACGACUUGCAGUGCGAUCUCAAAGCAUGGCUGUGCAUGUGUUCCUCCGGCCUCGCGUCUCGGCCUCGCCAUUCCUCGCUCUCUGGCGCUCUUCUCCCGAGGCCGUCACGCUGACUCUGGUUCCGCUCCUUCUAGGCUUCUCGAGCCCCAUCUGGCGCAACACCAUCCUCGCGCUUCUCGGUGGCUUCGCAGCCUACCGCUUCUCCAACCUCUCUUCCCAAGCACACCCUUCCCCCGCUUCUUCUUCCGGUCUUUCGGCGCCCGGCAACGAGUCGGACGACGCCGGCGAGACGCCGCUGAUCACGCGCUACCUCGAGCACUACGGGCCCUCGGUCGAUGCGCUCAAGGAGCGCAACGCCCGUCACCUUGACCUCGUGCGUCAGCGUGCCGAGGACCGGCUGUUCUUCGACUCUGCCGAGCGACCGGCUGUGCACCGCCUCCGGUACACUGGCCUCCUGGACCAGGCGAGCCAGCACAGACAGCCCGUGGGUGGCACUGUCGACAUGAGCGGCGUGCGUGCCAAGGGCGACUCGGACUAGAGAGGGACUGUAGAGGCCGCCGUGGGAUGCGCUGCUCAGGCACAGGCGGCUGGAAUGGAAGA